AAGACCUGCAGCAGCCUACAGGCGAAUUUUAGGAUUAUUUAUUCGCCUGCCAUCCGUUCUUCGAUCAGCGCGCGCGCUCGUAUUCUCUCUCGAACGAGAUGAACACGGUGAGAAAUCUCGUGCGUUUCCUUCUCGUCGCGGCCAUCAGCACCGUAGCCUGCGUCGUGCUGCUGCUGCAGCGCUCGCCGUGCCCGUGCGACAGCGGCGCCGUCGUCGCGCCGGCGGCGCGUGGAGACCUGGCCGUCGCGGGUGGUAAUGGAAGAACCCAACAAGCUCAUCCCAGCGGCAUGCAGGCGGCGGCUGCUUCACCUAGAGACAAGGACGACGGCGAGCUGGCGCAGGUGCUGCGGCGAGCGGCCAUGGAGGACAACACCAUCAUAAUGACCUUCACGAACGAGGCGUUCGCGGCUCCGGGCUCGCUCAUGGACCUCUUCCUGGAGAGCUUCCGGGUAGGCUUGAAGACGGAGCAACUGCUGAAGCACCUGGUCAUCGUGGCCGCCGACGCCAAGGCGUUCGCGCGGUGCCGGCAGGUGCACCCGCACUGCUACGCGCUCGCCAUGGGCGCCACCAACUUCACGGGGGAGCAGCGGUUCAUGGCCGGGGACUACCUGGACAUGAUGUGGCGCCGGAACCGGUUCCAGGCCCGCGUCCUGGGUCUCGGCUACAGCUUCGUCUUCACGGACGUGGACAUCGUCUGGUUCCGCAACCCGCUGCUGCGCAUCCCCGUCGCCGUCGACUUCGCCAUGUCCUGCGACAUGUUCUACGGCGACAACCCCUACGACCUCAACAAGAGGGCCAACGGCGGGUUCGUGUACGCCAGGGCCAGCGCCAGGACGGUGGCGUUCUACGACGCCUGGUACGAGGCCCGGGAGGCGCACCCGGACAAGAACGAGCAGGACCUGUUCGACAAGCUCAAGCGCGAGCUCUCGGCGCGGAGCGGCGUGGCGGCGCAGUUCGUGGACACGGACUACCUCGGCGGGUUCUGCGAGAGCGGUAAGAGGAGGGACUUCAACAAGCUGUGCACGUACCACGGCAACUGCCUCGUCGGGCUCGGGGCCAAGCUCCAGAGGCUCCGCGGCGUGCUCGACGAGUGGAAGGAGUUCAAGGCCAAGGCCGGGAAGCCGGGCAGCAACGUCACCGCUCUAACGGACUGAUUGAUUGUCUUCAGCUUUAUACCGGACAAAUUGCACGACGAUCGACGUGGUCGUAUGAGAUUUUUGCAUUGCCAUAUAGCGGGGUUUUUUUAAUAAACCACUAGCACACAACAAUUCUACCACC